UGGGGGUGCGAGGGGCGGGUGUUAGUAUAAAUUGCCUCUCACUACAUAUGCCUUGCCUGUCCUCUGAACUUUGAGACAGCCACAAGCAUCACUCAAAGAAAUGCAACAGACUGGAAAUUAAACAAAGCAACUCUUUAGUACAACAACUAGUGAACGUCGUUUUCCACAAACCGCCUAGCAUGGAUGAUUACCAUCUAUUCUGUGCGUCGUGCCGAAAAACGGGGAAAAAACAAACAACGAUGCGCUCACUGAUACUCUUCAUUCUGUCAUUGUUCAUGGUCGCAUCCCCCGUGAGAACAGGGGAGACUCUUUGUGGUGGAGAACUAGUGGAUACUCUUCAGUUCGUGUGUGGAGAAGAUGGGUUUUAUAUCAGCAGGCCGAACAGAUCAAACAGCCGCCGUCCUCAGAGAGGAAUAGUGGAAGAAUGCUGCUUUCGGAGCUGCGAGCUGCGUCUGCUGCAGCAGUACUGCGCAAAGCCCGUGAAGUCCGAGCGAGAUGUUUCCUCCAGCGCGCUGCAGGCCUUCCCAGUAUCGCAGGCUCUUCACAAGGACAUCCCAGGAGGGCCUCUUGCUGUGAAGUAUUCCAAAUAUGAAGUAUGGCAGAGAAAGGCCGCCCAGAGGUUAAGGAGAGGGGUCCCAUCCAUCCUGCUUGCCAGAAAGUUUAGGAGGCAGGUGGAGAAAAUCCAAGAAGAGGAGCAAGCCAGUUUCCACCGGCCCCUCAUGACCCUUCCCAACAGACUCCCUGCCAUCCUUCCACACAUUCAGAUCAACACGUCCCACAAAUGAUGGCCACCUUUCCCAAAUGGGAACAAACAAGGGAUUAUAGCCAAGUCUUGGUCAGUAGAGGCACGUUUUUCAUGAGUCAUACCACUCGCCCACCGUCUUUCUCAAAUCCAGAUUAUGAACACUCUGUGUGUUAUCAGCCUUUGAAACACUAGAAGUUAACGUUGAAAGUGAAUGUAAUGGGACAAGAGAGAUGAAUGCAGUCUUGAUGAAUAUCAUGGGGAUGCCCAGAACUGAUGCUGAGGAAGCUGCCACAACGCAAAUGUCAAAAGUCUGCCGUCUGCAAAAGCAUUUAUGGUUCUGUCUUGCUUGCACCCUAUUUUAAAUGUCAUAUUUUAAGGAAUGAAUUUAUUGAGAUUAGAGUCCUUUACCUGCACCUUUAAAAUGCCACACCUGUGGCAUAAAGACAGAAGAAAAGUGAGGAAAAUGUUGGCUGGCUGUGCAAAGCCAAGGACUGAUGUUAACAGCACUAUUUUUUAUGGACUGUUAAAUACGAUAACAUUAUGGUGCUAACUUGGACUCAAAAGGAGUUUGCUAAAGAGUUUUUCCGUUUUAGGAAAAAAAUAAGAUUGUAUUCAAAAGACAAUUCAGUAAGACUGGUUGUUUGGAGAUGAGCUCAACCAGGAAAAACUGUAUCUGUGCUUGGCUGUUCGAGAUCCAUAAUCUGUGCCCUGGAGAAUGAAGGUGAAGCCUUUGCUAUCAAAUGACAUAGCAUUGCGAUGGAAGUCAGAAAACAUCACAGAUAUAUCAAUCCGAUAUCAUAUCUGAGGACAUCUGCAAUCAAGUCAUCUUGGACUUUGGGCAAGAGCAGUCUGACAUGUUUUGAGGUGUCAUAUAUUGUAUCCAUAACAUUCCUGUUUCUGGUUUGAGUUUCUGCCAUUUUAUCCUUGCAAAUCGUCUUCACUGUUAUUUAGACAGUAUUUUACAUAUAUACACACACAAAAAAAUCAAACAAUCUUUUUAAAGGGAAAAUCAGCAAUAACCUCUUGCAUAUUUUCAACAUACAUUUCAUAGUAUUUCAGUGCUUUUGCUUAAAAAAAAAAAAAAAAUACUUGAAUAUGUAUGAAUAGUCUCGUAAGAUGUUGUCAUUGACCCUAGUAUGACCAGUCUUGCAAAUUGAGCCACCAAACAUUUUCUUUAAGUAAUGGCACUGUAUCAAGGCGUUAUUUAUUUUGAUGUAACCCAUAAAAUUCAGUCCCAAUGAAAGAUUACAUGCACAACUGGCAGUUUUUUGUAUAUUAUCUUUUUUUAGUUGUUCUGCUUAUGUAUGUAGAUGCUAUGUACCAAAAAAAUUUAUGUCUCCUUUUAUAAGUAAAGUCAAUGGAAGCU